UGAUUUCUAAAAGACAAAGAAAAAGCCAAAAAGCCAAGCCCCACUACUUCCCACUCUUCCCACCAAGAAACCUCCAAUAUAUAUCUCCUUCUUUCUUGCACUUCUUGUCAAUCCAGAAGAAGAGUAGAAUUGGCCUAUAUCUAUUUACUACGGAUACCCAUUUCAGUUCAAGAAAAUGGCUCCAUUGCUUAAGCUUUUGGAUUCUUCUCUUAGGUUUUCUGUUAUUCCUCUCAGUGUUGCAUCCAUUUGUUUAAUUGUGACUAAUCAGCAAGAAAAUAGCAGCUAUGGGGAUUUAAAGUACAGUAAUCUCAUGGGACUCAAGUACAUGGUUUGCAUAAGUGCCAUCGGCGCUUGUUAUGCAUUUUCUGCUGUUGCAUGCACAUGGAUCAGAAGCUUAGUUAAUAAAGUUUGGUUGUUCUUUGUCUCUGACCAGCAGAUUAUGGCAUACUUAACAGUCACUUCUGCGGCUGCUUUAAUGGAAAUAGUAUACUUGGCUUAUAAUGGUGACCAAGAAGUGACAUGGAGUGAAGCCUGCAAUUCCUUUGGGAAGUUUUGCCAUAAAAUGAAACUGGCAUUGGUUCUUCAUUUCUUGGUUCUUUGCUGCUUUUUUGUUUUAGCUGUGAUCUCUGCUUACAGAGCUUUUAGUGUGUUUGAACCUCCUGUUUCUUCCAAACAGGUGGAAGGAAAUACAACUUAGAUGUUAACCUAAUUUAAUAUGUUCAUCUUGAUACAUGUUGAUUUGUACUUUUUAUAGUGCUAUAUACUGAGAUUUGAGUGGAUUUUAGUACAUGAGAAAAAUAUUCCCAUAUAUGAAAAUAAAUAUUUUUUUUGUCUUA